CGGGGCCGGGUGGAUCGGCGGCUAUAAAGCUGGUGGCAAAGGGGAGGCGCCGCGUUCUGUUCUUUCGCAGCUCGUUUCCUCUCCUCGGCCACUGCCCAGUCACGUUUGGUGCCCGAAGGAGGACACGGUGACAGACCUGGAGACUGCGGUUCUCUGUCCUUCACACAGCUCUUUCACCAUGCCUGGAUCACUUCCAUUGAAUGCAGAAGCCUGUUGGCCAAAAGAUGUGGGGAUUGUUGCCCUUGAGAUCUAUUUUCCUUCUCAAUAUGUUGAUCAAGCAGAAUUGGAAAAAUAUGAUGGUGUAGAUGCUGGGAAGUAUACCAUUGGCUUGGGCCAGGCCAAGAUGGGCUUCUGCACAGAUAGAGAAGAUAUCAACUCUCUUUGCUUGACUGUGGUUCAGAAUCUUAUGGAGAGAAAUAGCCUUUCCUAUGAUUGCAUUGGGCGGCUAGAAGUUGGAACAGAGACAAUCAUCGACAAAUCAAAAUCAGUGAAGACUAACCUGAUGCAGCUGUUUGAGGAGUCUGGGAAUACAGAUAUAGAAGGAAUAGACACAACUAAUGCAUGCUAUGGAGGCACAGCUGCUGUCUUCAAUGCUAUUAACUGGAUUGAGUCCAGCUCUUGGGAUGGGCGAUAUGCCUUGGUGGUUGCAGGAGAUAUUGCCAUAUAUGCCACAGGAAAUGCUAGACCUACGGGUGGAGUUGGAGCCGUAGCUCUGCUAAUUGGGCCAAAUGCUCCUUUAAUUUUUGACCGAGGUCUUCGCGGGACACACAUGCAACAUGCCUAUGACUUUUACAAACCUGAUAUGCUCUCUGAGUAUCCCAUAGUAGAUGGAAAGCUCUCCAUACAGUGCUACCUCAGUGCAUUAGACCGCUGCUAUUCUGUCUACCGUAAAAAGAUCUGUGCCCAGUGGCAGAAAGAGGGAAUUGAUAGAGAUUUCACCUUGAAUGAUUUUGGCUUCAUGAUCUUUCACUCACCAUACUGUAAACUAGUACAGAAGUCUCUAGCUCGGAUGUUGCUGAAUGACUUCCUUAAUGACCAGAACAGAGACAAAAAUAGUAUCUAUAGUGGCCUGGAAGCCUUUGGGGAUGUUAAAUUAGAAGACACAUAUUUUGACAGAGAUGUGGAAAAGGCAUUUAUGAAGGCUAGUUCUGAACUCUUUAAUCAGAAAACAAAGGCAUCUUUGCUUGUAUCAAAUCAAAAUGGAAAUAUGUAUACAUCUUCAGUAUAUGGUUCCCUUGCUUCUGUUCUAGCACAGUACUCACCUCAGCAAUUGGCAGGGAAGAGGAUUGGAGUGUUCUCAUAUGGUUCUGGUUUGGCUGCCACCCUCUACUCUCUGAGAGUUACACAGGAUGCCACACCAGGGUCUGCUCUUGAUAAAAUAACGGCAAGUUUAUGUGAUCUUAAAUCAAGACUGGACUCAAGAACUUGUGUGGCACCAGAUGUUUUUGCUGAAAACAUGAAGCUAAGAGAGGACACUCAUCAUCUGGCCAACUAUAUUCCCCAGUCCUCAAUAGAUUCACUCUCUGAAGGAACAUGGUACCUAGUUAGAGUGGAUGAAAAGCACAGAAGAACUUAUGCUCGGCGCCCCUCUCCAAAUGAUGACACUUUGGAUGAAGGAGUAGGACUUGUCCAUUCAAACACAGCUACUGAGCAUAUUCCAAGCCCUGCUAAGAAAGUGCCAAGACUCCCUGCUACAUCAGCAGAGCCUGAAGCAGCUGUGAUUAGUAACGGGGAACAUUAAGAUGCUCAGUGAUGUGCAAGACUUCUGUGCGGGCUUUGGGGUGGGGGUGGGGCAUGGGAAUGGCUCGAGGAAUGGACAGUUUUAAAGGAUUACAUGAUGCUUAAAUUUUAUGUGACUGACAUGGAGCCUGGAAAACUAUGUAUUCUUGGGGGAGUCUCUGCCCAACUUGCUACAUGCUUCCUGUUGUGGUUUGGCCGAUGCUAUGUGUACUCAAAUGAUGUUAAGGGCUCUGUAAAAACUUCAUACCUCUUUGGCCAUUUGUAUGCAUGAAGUUUCGUUUUUAAACAUGGUGUAAUGAAUUGUGUGCUUCUGUAAGAAGAAAGAGGCACUAGUCUCCAAUUAAAACAUUUUUUUUUUUAAAGUGUAAGAAUUUUAUACUUUGAACAAACCAGAUUACUGAAAGGACCUGUGGUUUUUGAAAAAACUUUUCUAACUUGGGGAAUGUGAUCUUAAAAAGUGAUAUGCACAAACUCUGUUUAAAAAUAGCAAAACAUACUUUUUUGGGGUAAAAUUUAUAAAUCCAAAAGAGGAAGAAAGGUUUGGAUAAUAACACUGUUUUUGGAAUCUAGACCAGCAGCAGCAAAAGUUAUUGUAAUGACUCUGAACAGAGAGACACUGGCAUUGAGCAGGCUUCUGGUGUUCAAAACAUGGUACAUUUGGGAACUGUGGCUACAGCCAGGAGAAUGCUCUUGGCGAGUUGGUGGUGGCUUUGCUGAGCCACACUGAGAUGGUACUGGAGGUGGGCAUGAAGAAGUUUGUUACUGCAGCCCUUCUUUACACCUUAUAAAUGAAACAUUUUUCUGGCUGCUUUUUCUAAAACUUAAAAUAGAAAGGAAGGGCAUUAUUAGGUUACUUUUGAUGCUUUGGUGUUAAAAAUUCAAUUUAAGAACAGACAACCUGAAAGCAUGAAUAGUAUAAGCUUUUUUUUUUUUUUUUUUUUUUUUGUAUCUGCUCAAAAAGAAGGUACAACUCAAGUUUUUACAUAGUCUGACUAGACAAAAAGUAUUCCACUUCAAGUUCUGGAAGUAGGAUUUAUAAUGCAUUUUCUCAGACUUUCACCUUAAAAACAGACAAAAACUAUCACAUGGGAUGCAUAAGAUGGGUCACUCAGUUUUGUAGAUCUUUUUGGUGCUGAACUAUGACAUGAGCCUUAUAGAUUGUAAAAUAGAGAUAGUUGGAACUAAUGUACAGAACUAAAUUUUUAAAACUAUUUGCUGUUAAAUUCUGUGAAGUUUCAGUUAUCUAAAAUAAGCAUACACAAAUAUGUAAUAUUUCAGAUUGCAAGGUAACAUGUAAUGUAGUGUUUGUAAGAUACUCUUGUCUAAUAUUAACUAGUGGUAUUUUGAUUUGUACAGUCAUAAUUUGUUAAAAUGACUUCAUUUUAACAUACACUGAUGUAGAGUAAUAAUGUAAGUUCAGAUUUAAAGAAUGGUGGGAAAAUGAUGCAUGUGAUAGUUUUGCAGGCAUUGGGAGUUCAGUGGGUUUUGAAAGGAGUAAUUUAACUUUUGGGUGCCAGGAAAUGGGUUUUCUCAAUGUCCAUUGCCGGCAAUGGGCAGGCCUGGUGAUACUGGCACUGCAUUAACCAUACACCUUAAUGGCAAGGUGAAUAACUUUGAAAUAAAGUUUUAGAAAAA